CUGAAUCAUGCCUGAGGUUGUGAAAGCGCCAAAGAAGGGCUCCAAGAAAGCCGUGUCCAAGGCCGUCAGCAAGAGCGGCAAGAAGAAGAGGAAGACCAGGAAGGAGAGCUACGCCAUCUACGUGUACAAGGUGAUGAAGCAGGUCCACCCCGACACCGGAAUCUCCUCUAAGGCCAUGGGCAUCAUGAACUCGUUCGUGAGCGACAUCUUUGAGCGCAUCGCCGGUGAGGCCUCUCGUCUGGCUCACUACAACAAGCGCUCCACCAUCACCUCCAGGGAGAUCCAGACCGCUGUCCGCCUGCUGCUGCCCGGCGAGCUGGCGAAGCACGCCGUGUCUGAGGGAACUAAGGCCGUGACCAAGUACACCAGCUCCAAGUAGACCUCAUCUAGAACACCGACCCAAAGGCUCUUUUAAGAGCCACCCACUUCUUCUAAAGAUCAUUUCCUGAUGUUUCAUAUAUCUGCAAGGCAUACUAGAAAUAUGUUGUUUUAACAUAAACACCAUUACCCGUUUUGUAUGGAAUGCCGUUUUAUUAUA